AAGAGUAUAAAAAAUAUCGUUUCCGCAAAUUUCUUUUUUUUUUUCGUUGUAGUUUCCAAUUUCGGAAAAAUAAGCGGAACGGUUUAUGACUGACUGAUCCUCCAAAAUAUUUCAUCACGUCUCAUGAACACCAUUUGAUUAUUUAUACAACUGUCAUUCAUUCAUUUUCAUUUCAUAAGUAGAUAACAACUUACAGACAUUAUGACUAUUAAAGCUGCUCCUGUGAGAAUUAAUAGCAGAGAAAGUGCCGAAGCACUUAUUGAUAGAUACGAUAACUUUUUAUUUGAUUGUGAUGGAGUCAUAUGGUUAGAUGAAAAGGCUAUACCUGGAGUAUUAAGAACCAUUGAAUAUUUGAAUGCCAAGGGUAAGAAAUACGUAUUUGUCACAAAUAACUCAUCUAAAUCUCGUCAAGAUUAUGUAUCUAAAUUUGCCAAGAUGGGAUUUAAGGGAAUCACUAAGGAUAAAGUUUAUCCAACCUGUUACGCUGCUGUGGCUGCUCUUAAAGAUAAUUAUAAAAUUGAACCUGGAGCAAAAGUAUGGGUUUUAGGAGACUCCGGAAUCGAACAAGAGUUGAUCGAAGAAGGUUAUAUCCCAUUAGGUGGAACUGAUGAAAGAUUAAAUGUCGCUUUCAAUCCUAAUGAUGAGAUUUUAAAGGUGGAUCCUGAAGUGAAAGCGGUCAUUGUGGGAUCCACCAAAGAAUUCAAUUAUACUAGAAUCGCCCUGACUCUACAAUAUUUAUUAUACAACAACAAGUCAAUCCCUUUCAUUGGAGCUAACAUCGAUAGAACUUAUCCUGGACCUGAAGGAUUAAUCUUACCAGCUGGUGGAAGUGUGGUAAAUUAUAUGCAUUAUACAUCAAGUCGUGAAUUUUUAAAUGUGGGUAAACCAAGCACGGUAUUUUUAGAUUCAAUUCUUUCUCACAAUGGAUUUGACAGACUGAAGACUUUAAUGGUGGGAGAUACAUUAUAUACUGAUAUUAAAUUUGGUAAUGAUGGACUCUUAGGUGAUGGUUCAGGAUCAUUAUUGGUAUUAUCAGGUGGAACCAAAUUACCUGAUUUAAAUCAUUUAAUACAAAAUCCACAUUCAUUUGAAGAUGGUGAAAGUUUGAUUCCUCUGUUUUUUAUUGAAUCUUUGGCAACUUUAACAGAAUGGUUAUAGAUAUAGAGAGAUAAUAGUAGAUUAAUAGUAAAACUUAAUAUUAUAUGAUUAAAUGGCGUA